AUGCUUAGAAGAAUCCCUAGCAAUACAAGUUUACAGAUGCACUCGGAGGUCAGGUACCACAAGGAGCUAAUGAUAUCAAAUGAAGAUUCACACGAAUCAAACUACACAUAUAUGGAAUCGGAUAUUAGAAGGUCGAGUGAUUCCGGGUUUGACGACGAAGUGUCUAGUGUGUCGUUGAGCGACUUAUCAUUAGAAGAGAACCGUCGAGGAAGAAGACAAGAGUCGUCGACACCACCUACACCCAGUUGUAUUGCAUAUUCAAGUCUCAACUCGGUAUGCAACACUGCUCCUAUUGAGUAUUCUCCUAUAAGCCACGACGAGAUCAUGGCAACUCCACCAGCACCAUUUGUUGAAUCCCGUCAAGACGAGUAUUUACAGUUCAUAGAACCUUCGCCUGUUCUCCCACCAAAUUACAACCUUUUACCGCCAGGGGGAUGUCCCAAGUUCCCCAUCUUAUCACCGAUAGACGCAGUGGAAGAUGAUAUUUUACCACCUUAUACUCCCAGUGUAUACAAAAUAGGAGUGGUAUGUCGAAAGGUAGAGUGGUUGUCACCAUAUGAACCAAGUCCUGUAAGAUCGUGGAAACAUGUUAUCAUAGAAUUAAACUCAACACAACUAAAUUUUUAUGCAAUCCCGGGUCCUAUGGAAAAUCAUGUAUUAUCUUUCAGACCUUCAGAAACACCAAGAGAAAGAAUAUUCAAUGACACCGAAGAAGAGGAAAUAAAGUGUGUUAACUCAAGUUUAACAUCGAGUGCAGAUUUACAAUUUUUCAAAUAUACCCAGAGGUUAGGUUUGAUAAGUUCACAAGAUGACGAAUCUUCAAAUAAUAGCAGUUCGGCUGGUUUUUCUAAUUUUUCUGGUAAAUAUAAAUCAAAGAACAAGAGAUUACUCAGAUCUUAUUCUUUACAACAUGCGAGAUUUGGAUUGGCAACUGACUACAAGAAGAAACCUAAUGUGUUAAGGGUUAGGAUCGAAAGUGAACAGAUUUUGCUUAACUUUUCGACGACACAAGAUCUCAUUGAUUGGCAUGCAGCAUUUUGCAGCGGUAGAGAUGUUUCUAUAGAUAUUCUGCAAAGAGAAUUACCAAGGGAGAGGACGCUUCCUAGAAGAAGAAGAGGAAGAAAUAGGAGCAGAAGAAACUCUCAAAAUAAUUCGCUUGCAUCAAGAAAUGAAUCGUUUAUGAAUCAAGUUAGUGGUUCUAAUAGCGAAUCAAGUAAAUUGAAGGAUAGGGUUUUAAAACUCAAAUCUAAAUUUCUGUCACGUACAAAGAGUGUUGAUUUAUCAAAAGAUAAAAAUUCACUUGCGUCAAUAUCCAGUGCCAGUUUGCAAAGGACAAGGUCACCUUCGCUUCCAACAUUUAAUAUUUCAAAUUUCGCUGCUGAUGAAGAUGAUUGUGACGAUGACGAUAGUGAGAACCUUUAUAGGCUAAAUGAGUACCGUGGAGAACAAAAUAACAGGGACCGUGUUACUACAAUAAGAGAUGAUGAUUAUGAAGAUGAUAUACAGAACUUGAGCGAUCUACAUGCAUCUGAUGACGAAGACGAUGAAGAGUUUGAUUGCAAUAUAGAAGACUUCAAUGAUAAUAAUGAUAAUAAUGAUAAUAAUGAGAAUAAUAAUGAUGAUGGCAAUGAAGACAAUGAAGAUAUACAGGGUAGCAGAAUACGUCUGCCUUCAAUGGCAAGACGUUUUACAUUGCCAAGUUCUGUCUCAUCAUCAAGUAAUAACUACAAAUGGUACCCAACAUCGGAUAGGCCCCAAAGUCAAAGGAAAUAUUAUCGAAACUGCCUCAGGUGUAUUAAGCCAUUAACCGCAGAGGAUACUUGGGUAAAUAGAUCUGUGGUCAAACCUACUACAUUAUCUCCAAUCAGUUUUUCGUACUUACGGAAUAUGAAAUAUGCAAAUUCUAGCUCAAGUAGUUCCUCGAGUCUUGCUAGUUUGGGAUCUCAAGUCUUAUCAUCAUCAUACACCAAUACUCAAAGUCACAGGAAAAGAAGUCUUUCUUUCAAAGACAGUACUUUCACAUUACCUGAUAUUGCAUUGACAAGACUACCAAGUCACUUCCUUAAAGAAUAUUUGGUUGGCUCACAUGGAUUAAUUCCAAAGGAAGUUUAG